CCAAAAAAUGCAACAAGAGGUGUGUCAAAAUCGUUCUUUUCCCGUAUUUGUAAAACAUUAGCAGAGUAUUUAUGCGAACUGCGCAUGGUUUUGAAGGGAGGGAUAUGCAACCCCUAGUUGGGCAAGGGAAGGGCAGAAAGUGCACGAAAUUCCUGAUAUCCAAGGAAGGUCGCAGUACCCACACCGCACAGAAGUGAGAUAAGUAGUGUUAAAAAUAUUGAAGUGUGUCAACAACAAACGGCCGGUUUAUGGAAUUAUCCGAAGUCCAGUAGGAAGUCCUCACCAGUCCCAAGAUGUCUUGCCACAGUAAUCCAACAUCCAGCUGCUCGUCUGCAUCCAACUGCAACGACAUGGACAGUUUGGUCUGCAACAUCAUAUCGGUGGCUUUGCAAGACAUAUGUGGGAACUGCGAUGAAGGAGCCAAAGCCACAUCAAGAUGCAUCGACUGCAGCGAACUUUUAUGCGACCCUUGCGUGAGAGCCCACCAACGUGUACGAGUAACCAAAGACCACCGAAUUAACAAAUUUUCGAAUAACCUUAUCUCAUCACCUACGACGAUCGACUCGGCGGUAUGCUCACCCGAGACUAGGAACAGUCCUUGCGCCGCAAUAAACACAAUCUGUGAUAUUCAUCGAGAGCCUAAUAGGCUAUUUUGUGCAACUUGUUAUACACCAGCCUGCAGCGACUGUGUCCUAAGCGACCAUGUUUCGCACGAGUUAUCCUAUGUCCAAGAAUGCGAUAAUACUAUUCUUAUGCAUACCAAAUUAAAUAAUGAAACCAGAAGUGCAAUGACGGCAGUUGCGGAAGCAAUGGAAAAUGUCAAAUUUAUGUCCACCAAAAUUCAUCUCAAGCUGCAAAAGACGACGGUGGAUGUGCAAAACGUCUUUAAAAAAUAUGUAACGGCUUUAGAACGCCGCGCCCAAGAAAUCGUGAGCAAAAUCGAGCAAAUCCAGCGAUUCAAAGCCUACCGCCUCCUCUCACAAAUGGAGCGUCUCCGCUUAGCCCAAGCUCGCCUCACCUACGUCUCCAACAUCCUCAACGCCUCUUUCGCCAGCGCUACCAACAGCGAAUUCAUCAUCGCCAACGAAAAAGCCUACAACGAGCUAAAAUCCAUCCGAUCCGUACAAUCCGAACUCCUCCCUUGCGAGGACGACUACAUUCGUUUCACGGCAGUAGACAACGGCCUUUUUUCCGCAAUCAAUUCCUUGGGCAACAUCAACACAAGCUCAGCCAUGAGUUGGGGCCCAGAACUCUCCACACCUCUUGCGAUUCAAUCAAACGAAAUUUUGAAAAUGUCUGACAUUAAUCAAAAUUGUCGGCCUCUGUACGGUGUCGUUGACCAAGUGACGGUCAAGCACGUCGGGUCGGUUUCUCCACUUAUUUUUGCAAAAGAAGGGGUGGAAGAUGGGCAAUUGUGCCGCCCAUGGGGCGUAUGUUGCAAUAGCUUGGGGCAUAUUAUAGUGACAGAUCGGAGCAAUAACAGGAUUCAAGUUUUUGACUCGAAUGGGAAAUUUUUGUAUAAGUUCGGCAAACAAGGGAGUGGUUUGGGGCAGUUCGAGCGCCCCGCAGGGAUCACCGUGAGUCCCGUUAACCACAUCGUGGUAGCCGAUAAGGAUAACCAUCGUAUCCAGAUAUUCAAAAUGGACGGCACUUUUAUCUUGACUUUUGGCGAAAAGGGGACCCAGAAUGGGCAAUUUAACUACCCAUGGGACGUCGCGUGCAACUCCCAAGGGGACAUUGUGGUCUCCGACACUCGCAACCAUCGCAUUCAGUUGUUCACCGGUGCUGGAGCUUUUAUCAACAAGUAUGGUUUCGAAGGCAACUCCUCCAUGUGGAAGUUCUUUGAUUGUCCACGCGGAGUUUGCUUUACUCCUGGCGGCAAUGUCAUGGUGACUGACUUCAACAACCAUCGCAUUGUUAUCAUUGAUAAGGAUUUCGUCCGUGCGCAAUUUUUGGGAGAAGAGGGGUCGAAAGAUAAGCAGUUUUUGCGGCCUCAAGGGAUUAUUUGUGACGAUCAGGGGAAUAUCGUUGUCGCCGAUUCGAAAAAUCACCGAAUACAAGUUUUUGACAGUUUUGGGAAUUUUUUGUUCCAAUUGGGAAGGUCUGGUAAAGGUCCCGGGGAAUUCGAUAGGCCUAGUGGUCUUUGUCUUAGUCCAACAGGGCGCAUAAUCGUCGUAGAUUUUGCGAAUGCAAGGGUUCAAGUUUUUUGAAACAUGCUCAUAGAUUAGAUGAAUUGACUCAGGGUUUGUUGCUACAAAGAGAAACUCCUCAGGUACGAGUAAUAACUGACCUCAUAUAGUUACUUUUUGCGAAUUUAUUUUAUUUGGUUUAUUAGAAUCAUUGUAAAUAUGUUAGCAAUCGACAAUUCAGGACCUGUAAGUUACCAAUUAAGACUGAAUCAAGACUGAUUGUGAAUAGAGUUCUAUUUUUUGCUAGGGGCGCCUUUUUAACUACAAUAAUUAGGAAAAGCAGUCUGGAGCCGGUGUUGCUAUUAGUAUUUAAUUGAUAUUUACUCUUGUAGCCUUGUAGUAAAAAAGGAAUAUUUUGCUAAGCAAUGUUCGAACGUUACCUGGUGUUGUCUAAGUGGACAACCUUUAAUUAGUCACCAUUUCUACUGUGUUAAGUAAAAGUGUGGCAUAACAUGCUUAAUUUUAUCAUGUUCAAAAUUAUUUUGUUGUAUUAUGAAUGUUUUAAUUAUUUUAAACUAUCUGUGGUUCUCUGUCAGCAACUAUAAAGAUAAAAUACGCUGAUGGAGUGUUUAUAAUCAUCAGCCGAUGAUACAAAUAACGAAUAAUUUUUAAAAAUAAUUUUAGUAUUAUUAGGUUAAAAACUUGAAAAGUAUUAAUAUUUAACGAAUAUUUUUCACACUAAUGACUGACUACUUGUAAAAUUUGAUAUUAACUUAGUUAUUAAGGUUACGAGUCCAUCACAUGACUGAAGUACUCUUCUUGAAACGUCAUGUGAUUAUGCUUACUUUUAUUUAGGUGUUACUAAUGAUUUAUUUUGGUCCAGCAUUAGUUUUUGUAUGUUUUGUUUCAGCCAGUGAUAUGACACUAUUUGUGCAUACCAAUUUUUUUUCUUUUGAGCUUGACACCAGAAACGUAUCAUAUCAUGCGGCUUUUGUUUAGGUACUUUCGAUUGUGUUUUAUGUUUUGUUUUCUUUUUUGAUAUUUUUAUUGCAAUAAUUGUGUAAGCUUUUCCAGUGGAAACUUGCCAAAAAUAUUCAUAGGGCUGUUACGACAGGACCAUGUCUGCAAGUCCUUCAUUCAUUUUCAUUUUAUUUUGUAUUAGUUUUAUACACCUUUUUAUGUGGUGCAAUUUAAGUAAUAUACAGUUCCUAUCGA